AUGGAAAAAGUAAACAAAAUAGCAAAAACUCUAGAGCCCAGUCUUGAAUCUUUGAGUGAAGAAGGCUGUAUUGUGUCAGGAGAUAAACCUCUGCUCUUUGACCUUGAAACUAUUCAGGUAAAAUGUAAUCGUUCUGGUCAUGCAGCUGUAAACAAGAUGUUUGAGUUUGAACAGGUUUAUGGUCCUGGUGACUCCCAGGAGUCCAUUUUUGAGGAAGUGCGCCCUUUACUUACCUCCUUACUAGAUGGGUACAAUGUGUGCAUCAUGGCAUAUGGUCAGUCGGGCAGUGGCAAGACAUAUACUAUGCUAGGGCCACAUUCUGAAGAAAACUUAACAUUUUCUGCUGAGUCACAGGUAGAUGAAGGAAUUAUCCCAAAAGCUGCAAGAGAGUUAUACAGGCUGAUGUCAGAUAGGGUAGUUGAAACACAUACUGUUGAAGUGUCUAUUGUGGAGGUGUACAAGAAUGACAUCAUUGAUCUACUGGCAAAAGGCAGUGGUGGGAACGUAGGUGUAAAACGGGAAGUUGUGACUACUGUUGCUGGUGGUAAUGAGAUCCCUCUGUUAACUUACAUCCGUGUUGAGAAUCCUGCAAGUAUUCUGAAUAUUAUUUCCCAUGGUUUACGACAUAGAGCUAAGCAUCCAACACUAAUCCAUGCAUAUUCCUCUCGGUCCCAUCUUGUGAUAACAAUUACUGUCACCACUAAAGUCACUGCUGACAAUAAACCAGAUCACAAUUCAGCACUGUCUUCUCAAUCAAUGGCUGCUAAGCAGUCAACCGUAGAUGCUACUGUGUUUUCAAAGCAUCUUAAAAGCAAGCUACAGUUGGUGGAUCUUGCUGGCAGUGAAUGCAUAGGUAUGUCAGGAGUGACUGGUGCAGCUUUGAGAGAGACUUCAUUUAUAAAUCGCAGCUUAUCAGCAUUGGCUGAUGUGCUUGGAGCACUAGCAGAACAACGAUCGCAUAUACCUUAUCGAAACAGCAAGCUGACUCAUCUACUCCAGGACUCCUUGGGGGGUGAUGCUAAAUUGUUGGUGAUGGUGUGUGUCUCGCCCGCACAGAAAUAUAUCACAGAAUCAUUGCAGUCUUUGGGAUUCGGUUACCGAGCUCAGCAAAUACAGAAGGGUCGUACAAGGAAGAAAAUUCCAGUAUGCCAAGAAAACACUAGAGGAAGAUCUUCACAAAAUAAUCCCCAAGGAGCUCGCCGAAGUGCUUCCAGUUUACUCAUCUAUUAAAUGAAGAAAAUUAAAUAUUGCAGACUCUAGAA